AAACGACUUGCCGCAUGACAUGCAACUAAACUAGGGAGGGGUGAACAAAAAUCAUACUCCUCCCUAAAGCGCUGGGAGAGAGCAAUUGAUGAGAACUCCCUGGCGUUGGAAUUGGCUGUUUUUGUGUGCCCGCGGUGGCUUGUAGAUGGGAUGUAGGAAUCUAGUCAAUGUGAUAGAUUUUUGAGAGCAGAAUGAAUUCAAAGAAGUGUGGAUCGUUUAGCAAAAAGAUAUUGAGGGGAAGUGGAUAGAACCUUUCUUAUUUUUAGAUGAAUUGACCGUUUACAUACGCAAAAUAGGGGCUUUACAUAAAAGGUACACAAGCAAUUUUCCACCACAGGAUUGUGACGUUCGCCACUGUGUGUUCGUACAAUUGUAAAUUUAUGUAAAAAGACGAAACCAAUCAGCUGAUUCUUGCUCAGAUUCUCUUGCGAUUAAAAUAUUCUUAAUUUCUUGAUAACAAUGGCGACAAGGAGGCCUUUGCAGCUUGCCUUGAGCAGGAUUUACAGCGGAAGAAGGAGCGUCCGAAAUUUCUCUAACGCCCAACACGAAGCAAAUGAGGCGGCCUCAUCUUCUCAGCACCUCAUCAACAUGGAAACCGAGUGUAGCGCUCACAAUUACCACCCGAUUCCCAUUGUUUUCUCUCGUGCAAAGGGAUCAUCUGUCUGGGAUCCAGAAGGCAACAUGUAUCUUGACUUCCUCUCAGCAUACUCUGCUGUCAAUCAGGGGCAUUGCCAUCCCAGGAUCAUGAAAGCCUUAGCAGAACAAGCUGAAAAUUUAACUCUUAGUUCAAGAGCGUUUUAUAAUGACAAAUUUCCAGUAUUUGCCGAGCGUCUUACCAGCAUGUUUGGUUAUGAGAUGGCGCUGCCAAUGAACACUGGUGUAGAAGGAGUAGAGACAGCUUUGAAGUUGGCAAAGAAAUGGGGACAUAUGAAGAAAGGAAUACCCAAAGACGAGGCUAUAAUUGUCUCAUGCUGUGGUUGCUUUCAUGGACGUACACUUGCUGCUAUUUCAAUGAGCUGUGAUCAUGAGGCAACUCGUGGAUUUUGGCCUUUGUUGCCUGGCAAUCUUAAAGUUGAUUUUGGUGAUGCGGCUGCACUGCAGAAGCUAUUUAAGGAAAAGGGAGACCGGAUAGCUGGCUUUUUAUUUGAACCCAUCCAAGGAGAGGCUGGGGUUAUAAUUCCCCCACAUGGAUAUCUGAAAACUGUUAGAGAUCUUUGCUCAGAAUUUAAUAUUCUAAUGAUUGCUGAUGAAAUACAAAGUGGGUUAGCACGAUCUGGAAAAAUGCUGGCAUGUGAUUGGGAGGGGGUCCGUCCUGAUGUUGUUAUAUUGGGAAAAGCAUUGGGUGGCGGAGUGCUACCCGUAAGCGCAGUGCUAGCAGACAAAGAUGUGAUGCUUUGUAUUCAGCCAGGAGAGCAUGGAAGCACUUUUGGAGGAAAUCCUUUGGCCAGUGCAGUUGCCAUUGCAUCUCUAGAUGUAUUAAGAGAUGAAGGACUUGCAGAGAGGUCUGCUCAGAUGGGAGAGCAACUGAGACACCAAUUAAUUAAGGUCCAGGAGCAAUUUCCUAAAUUAAUAAAGGAAGUUCGAGGGAAAGGCUUAUUCAAUGCAGUAGAGCUGGAUAUGAAGGCCUUGUUUCCCUUGACUGCAUACGAUGUAUGCCUAAAGCUGAAGGAGAGGGGAAUUCUUGCUAAACCAACUCAUGAUUCUAUAAUACGCCUGACACCUCCUCUUUGUAUGAGUGCCGACGAGCUCCAGCAAGGCUCAAAGGCAUUACACGAUGUUUUGGAGGUUGAUCUACCAAAUAUGAAGACAAAAAAGCCUUUAACGGCAUCCCAGACGACAUCUGCUAAUGCAUGUGACCGGUGCGGGCGCAAUCUGUAUGCUGCUAAGUAGAGUUUGCAUCAGAUUUUUUUGUAUGGCUGCGUGAUCGGUUGCCAGAUUUAGAUGGAGAUUUGAGAAUACUAAUGCAGUUUGAACUCUGUAAUUAUUUCCUUUGUUAUCUACUUCCAGCAUAAGCAGUGCUCUAAAUAAUGUCAUGCAGCCUCUAGACCAGGACGCGUUGCGUAAUUGUGCAUACGCUUUUAGUCAGGUCUGAAAUAAGCAACAAGUUGAACGCAUUCGAGGAAUUCUUAAAGCCAAUGCAUGAUUUUUUAGAACAUUUAGUGUGUGUGCGCGCGCGUGUGGGUGUGCGUGUGCGUGUGUACUCUGUAUGACUAGGCUGGACACGUAGUUCUGGCUGACGGUUAUGAUGCCCAAACGGCCAAUCAAUUGGAAUCUUAAUUGGUACGACUAUAAUUGUUGUUUUGUUUCUUGUCCGGUCCCAUGCUUGAAACUAACGAGGAACAACUUGCAAAUCAUAAAUUUGUAAUUCUUUGGAAUUUUGAAUCUAACGUUUGUGUUUUCUUUUGUACCAUGCGUUUCUGCUCCC